GUGAUUCUUUAUACUGUCCUAUAAUCCGCAGAUCAGAAGCUCUCUUUUCAAUUGUUGUUGUUGUUGCCGUUGCUGAUUGUUUAGUCUUUUCCUUAAGAACCUUGUAGAGAUAUGAAGUUGAAGUAUCAUCAAAAUAAAAGAAAAAGAAGAUACACAGUGAACACAAAAAAAAAGAAAUAUCUUUAAGGUGUAAACCGCACCGACUGACUGACUGAAUAAUCAAGCAAUCGAACACUAUAAACUGACCACAUCGUCAACCAAUGCCACAGUCCAUUAUACGCAGUUGACAAGUUGGUAUCAAAGUUGGUACCAUCACACCAGUGCGGCAGUUCUCAGGAAUAUAUUUCAAAUAAAAGAAGUACCAAUAUUUGAAGGACUUCAGCAAUACAGUGUGUGAUUAUAAUUUAAGUGAAACAAGUGUUUUAUAAAAUCAACAAAGAUGAAUUUAGUUUUUGUUACUAUUCUGGCAAUAAAACUUCUUUUAAGUUCUGCUUACCCAUCUGAUGGCCUUGUCGAAAUUGAAAAACAAAGGCUGGUUAAAUUUCCAGAAGAAUCUUUUCGAAUUGAAGAAAACGAACAAAAAUCAUCCGAAGCCAAACGAAUAUUAGAAGAAAUCAAUAAAAUUAAUGUUGCUCUGGGCUAUGUUAAGAAACAAGAUCAAAGCUUACCAUCGCUCCUUGAUUCAAACCAAUUCCUAUUCCCCAAACCUGCUUACCAUCCAUUUCAUUCGCAAUCCAUCAGUGAUGGAGUUCUCCAACCCUCAAUACGCAAUUUAAAUUAUUAUACUUAUCCCAAUCCUAGCCUUAGUUCCAAAUCUAUAAAAUCUCCAGAUUCCAAGCUUUUUUUCUAUAAUUACCAACAUCCUGAUGAUAGGGAAUUCGACUAUGAAAAAUCAUCAGUUAAUCAAUUCAAUGUGCCCCAAAACGAAAACAAUCUUCGUGAGUUCAAACUCAUCGACUAUAAAGUUGUGGGCGACUACCAAGAGCCCUAUGAAAAUAAACAAGAUAAACAUUUGGAACCAAAACUACGUUUGUAUUUCGUUCCUCGUCAGCUGAAUGUCAAUGAGAAAUCAAUGGACUAUCACAAAAAUGAAAAGUUAAUUAAAAUUGAAAAGGUACCAACAAUCCGGCCGUUUUCGAAAAUAACCGCAGAGAAACAGAGACCAACCUUAAAACCUUCAGUAUCUAACGCUCAAAAGUAUGUCAGUUCGACAUCAACAACCACCACAUCACCUUCGCCACCAUUGUUGGCAUUGAAAACACCAUUUGGGGCGCUUUUCAAUCGUCCCGGUCAUAGAGUUACCGCUCAGAAGGUAGAAGAGAAACCCGCUUUACAAUCAGUGCCGCUUGAAUUGCCACAGUACACGCAGCAACAGGUUAGGCCGGAUGCAGUUACCAUUGACAACUGGGACUCAGAGUCUUCUGAAGAAAACGACUAUCCUCAAGAUUACGAAAAACAUAUUUUUGCGGGAAAACAGAAACCCUAUAUGGCCGAAGUUCAGAAAGAGGCCCUCAAGGAAAGCGGAAUCAUAAUUCAGCGCCUCAAAGUUAGAAAAGGUGGUAUAGCCAUUGCUGGCCCAGGUGGUGUUGCCACAGCCGGCAGUGGAGGAACUGCAAUCGUUGGACCCGGUGGCUAUGCCCUUACUCAUCCUAGAAGUUUGACAAUUGCUGGACCUGGUGCCAAAAUCAUAGCUGUACCAGAAUCGACCGACUUAAAAGACGCCUUACAACGGACAAGCUCUGGUAGAAGCUAUGCUGAUGAGGGAGAAAUAGUCGCAACAGGACCAAUCGUUUACUAUUCACCAGAUGAUAAUAGCCAAAUUUUAUAAUAUAUUUUAUAGUUAUGAUAAAAUAAUUAAAUUUAAAAUUAGUACAAUUAUAUGUAUAGGUGUAUUUUUAAGUAGGAGCUAAUAAUUAUAAUUAUUGUUAAAUGUGCUUAAACCUAUUAAGACAAUAUAAACAUAUCGAAAUCCUUAAA